AUGUCCUUUGCCUCUUUCCCAGCCGAGCAACUGGGAUUGACAGCAGAACAGGAACGGCAAUGUUCCCGUGCGUCCGAUAUCCUGCUCGUGUCCAAGUCUGAUCUCGCACGCAAGUUUGGCCGUGGCAUCGAUGCGGAGAAGACGGCACAGGGGUUGAUCGAUGCGGCGAACAAGGCGUUGAUGCCGAAAGCGAGGAAGGCGAGCGAGAUGCCUAAGCCAGACGAGGCGAGAGGAGCUGACCCCAGCGCGGCGGGCAAGUCGCACCUGACUCUCUCUCUGGCCCUCUCGGCGCAGCUCCCAGCUCUAUCUACGUCGCCUGGGAGCGUGCUCGUCUUGACGUCUGAGCGGCCACUGGCGACCACACGUUUGAUGGAGAUGGGCGAGGCGAUGCUCGCUCGGCAUCCUGAUCCGGCGAACCCCACCCUGGACGAGAUGCUGGACAACGUGGAGACCUCUCCCGUCGCGGACGCAGACAGUCUGGAGCACUGUCUCAGCUUUUUCCUGCCCCCGCUCCUGGCGUCAAGGCGAACGACAGAAGGCUCAGCGCUGCUGGGUGAGGACAUCAAGCCGAAGGAAGACAUCCCAGAGGCCAGCGCCAUCGACGGAGUCAACGGCGCCAGUACGCGGAAGAAGGCCAAGCCCCCGGUCCGUCUCCUGAUUCUUGACAGUCUCGCGGCCCUCCUUCGUUCCGAGACAUCGCUGUCGGGUGGUGGGCUAGUCCAGCGCUCGCGCCGGCUCUGCUCCCUCUCUGACCGGCUCAAAGCCCUCGCGCUCGAGUAUCACCUCGCCAUCGUGGUCGUGAACCAGGUCUCAGACGUUUUCAUCGGAGAGCAACCCAAGGCGGGCCCGGAGAUGCUCUACGCCGCGCAGGCGAGGCACUUCAAUGGCCAGUCCGCGGGGGGGAGGAAGGAGGCAGCACUGGGCAUCGUAUGGGCCAACUGUGUGAACACACGGAUCAUGCUGGCGCGAACGGGGCGCAGGAAGGUCAUCACGUUAUCUGAUCUGUUUCCCGAUGCUCAAGACUCGAGGAAACGGAAACGAGUCGAUACACCUGCCGAGCCUCAGCAACAGGGUCGGGAGAGGCAGCACGAAGCGGAGGGUGUCGGAGUGCAACUGGGCGAGGAACCGAGCCUGAUCCGGCGGAUCCACCAGGUUUUCUCGGCCUAUGGGCCGCCGGGGAGUGCCGACUUCAUCCUAGCGAAGAGCGGAGUGCACGUCCUCUCCGGCAGCUACAGGGUGGUCGACCUGGGACCGGCGCUGAGGCGGCGUGCAGCGCGCAAUGCCCCGCCCAUAGAGGGAGGUACGCCAGAAGAAACGCAGGGCACGCCGGAAGGCACGCAGGCGGGCGAGUAUGAGCUGGGCGACCUGCCCGAGGAUUUCUGGGACGACGAGCUGGACGUGGGCGUUGUGGACUAA